CACACACACACACACACACUCUCUCUCUCUCUCUCUCUCUCUCUCUCUCUCUCUCUCUCUCUCUUAUCUUCUGCCUUUUUUAUAUUCAAAGAGAUCUUUCUUAGCUUUCUACCCUUCAAUUUUUUACUUUUUCUUUUGUGUUUGGUGCUGGUGUCGGUGUUGGUGAUUGUGUUGCUUCUCAUAGUCCCCCUUUUCUUGAUUUCCAUGUUAUCAAUUUGAUUGCACAUCAAAACACUGUGAAAAAGCAGUCCCACUUAUUUGAGAGUGGGAGAAAGCGAGAUAAAAGAAGGGAUUUGUGUGUGUGUGUAUAUGUAUGUGUGUCGGAAUCUGUAAUCCUAUCUAAAGAAGAAAAUGCCCUUGGAAGGGAUUUUCAUAGAACCACCACCAUCUUCUUCCUCUUCAACUCAACUUCCUGAUCUCUCUCUCAACAUCAGCCUUCCCAACACUUCCUCUUUCUCCUCUUCGAUUCGCAGUGGUAAUAUUGAUUCAUCAUCCAAAUCAAAUUCUUUCCAUCAACCUACUUACACUGACCUCUCCCUUACAAACCCAUCAAGAAAUCUUGCAACCAGUUUAUUACCUCAUCGAGAUCAAGACAACCCACAAAAUCCCUUCCUUCAUCACCCUCAUCAUACCUACAAUCAACACCCAAACACUCACAACUUAAAUCACUUGAACCAAGGAGUUUCACUUCUUGAUGUAUCGGAUUGCUUGAGACCCAUAAAAGGAAUUCCGGUAUAUCACAACCAUCCGUUUCCUUUUUUACCUAAUUUGGAUCAUUCUAAUUCUCUUGAGAAAGAUCCGAAGUUGUGCUUCUAUCCAUCAUCUUCUACUUCUACUACACCUUAUUUUGGUGGGAAUACCGGAGGUCACAUGCCCUUUUUGAACCCUGGGCUUAAUGGUCCUUCUUCAUCAGGUUAUCGUCUACCUGGAGGCUGUGGUAAUGGUGGUGGGAUGAGAUUUAACGGGUUAUCUUCUUCAUAUUCGAACAACCACCACUACCUUAACCAAUAUGGUGGAGGUGGACCUACUUCUCAUGAAGUUUCACAUGGUUUGAUGAGAUCAAGAUUUCUACCAAAACUUCCGGCCAAGAGGAGCAUGAGGGCACCGAGGAUGCGAUGGACGAGCACCCUUCACUCUCGCUUUGUUCAUGCGGUUGAACUUCUUGGAGGCCAUGAAAGGGCAACACCGAAGUCAGUUUUGGAGCUAAUGGAUGUCAAAGAUCUCACCCUAGCUCAUGUCAAGAGCCAUUUACAGAUGUAUAGAACUGUUAAAACAACUGACAAACCUGCAGCUUCCUCAGGCCAAUCAGACGGAUCUGGUGAAGACGAUAUCUCAACCAUGGGAACUGGAGGACAACAGCGUUUUGUAGAUCAAAGAGGAUCGAAUGAUCAACAAGAAUCCGACUACCCUAAUAAUUACAACAAUGCCACCACGACUACCACCCUCUGGAGCAAUUCUUCAAGCAAUAGGGAGGGAUGGCUUCAGACAAACAGUGACAUGAAUGACAUCAGACCUUCGUCUACCUUGUUAACACAAAGGCGAGCCAGUGCGCAAGUUAAGGAUUGCGAACCUUCAAGACCAAAGAACUGCUUAGGAUCAAAUAUGGAUCACAAAAACCCAUGCUUAGAGUUCACCUUGGGGAGACCAGAUUGGCUUCAAAAAGAGCGCAACUGAUCUCUUUCAUUUCCUUCUCUCUACUCUCUCUUUUGUGUUUUGAAUUACUGCUUCAAUUUGUCCUUGUAACGGACAAAAGCAUAAAUUUUAUGCAACAGAAGUAUUAAAAGAAAGAACAAGAUGAUGAAGAAGAAAACGAAGAAGAAGGUUUAAGAAGCUAUGUUUUUUGUAGUUACGAUUCAUGUUCACUUGUCUCCCGUCAUAUAGCGGGCCUGCUUCUUCAUUUUCUUCUCCCUUGACUUCUUUGGAUUGUGUAGUAUUCAUUUAUUUUUCCUAUCUUUUAUCUUCAGCA